AUGUCUGAAGGUCGGAAAAAGUCUCGACGUCGUCGUUCAUCCGACGAUCUUCCCGAGUUAACACCAAUUGAAAAAUCCAUUGCGAAGUACCUUCGGUUCCAAUGUCCGACGAAAAAAGGCGUUCUGAUGGGUAUGCAAGUUGUUUAUUUCACUGGAUCGAAAGCAGUUGAGUGUUUAACUGAAUCAAAAUGGUCAUCAAUAAGCACAAAGGCUACAAACAACGGAAAAUUCCCUAUUUGUUUUUCCUCAAAACACGACGCUGUUCAAAUGCUUCGAAAGUUCUUGGAUCACGAAAUGUGUCGUCGCGUUACUAAAGUCUACAAAGAUGCCAAUGUCGGUUCCGAGACUAAUGAAGACACAUCGCAAUUCAAUACACCUCGUGCCAUACGUCAACGCAAAAAUAAACAAAAAGAGAAUGCUCCCUCAUCCGUUACUGAAUCACCAGUGAAUGAUGAUGAAUUGAAAGAGAAACUGAAAAAGAAGAAGUUCAAAUUUGAAUUACACGGCGAUCAAGUAUUUGUCGAUUCACCGAACGAUUUCUUUGUCUGGACUUAUUCACCGACGACGAUUAAGCAAUACAUCAUUGGUGGAUUGUUAGUUAUUGGCUGCAUUGGUGUCUGUCUUUUUCCGCUAUGGCCAUCACAAGUUCGAACAGGAGUUUAUUACGUAUCGAUUACCUUGGCGAGCUUACUCGGAGCAUUACUCUCGUUGGCAGUUCUUAAAUAUAUUAUCUUUGCUUUAGUUUGGUUAGUGACUAUGGGUAAUAUACGAUUCUGGUUCUUGCCGAAUUUAACAGAGGAUGUGGGAUUUUUUGAAUCGUUUGUCCCAUUGUAUGUAAUCAAUGCUCCAACGAAAGAGAAGAAGACGAAAGAAAUUUCAAAUGAAAAUGAACAAGCAGAUGAAGAAAGAAACCUUCCUGAACAAGCUGUUGAUUCAGAAGAAGAAACUAAACGACAGCGAUUAGCAGAUGAUGGUCUCAUCUACGAAUCACACGAAUCUUUAUCAAUCGUAUUGUUUUUUCUGAUUUAUUACAUCAUGCACACUCAAGAUCAAUUUAGUACUAUUUACGGCGCUGCUUUAAUUCUCGGAGGUUUACUUGGUUAUUUCCGUCGGGGAAGCGCCAUCUCACUCUUAUUUGGUGUUCUUUUCGGAUCGUGGACUCUCUACAAUGGAAUGCAUCCCACACGUCAAAAUAACGUCGCUAACUUGGCUAUCGCCUCUGUUCUCGGUGUCAUUAUGCUAUUACGGUUCUUAAUCGGUCGUAAAGUUUUCCCAAGUCUUAUUGUUUUUGGCUUAUCGGCAUUUCAAGUCUAUCGCAACUAUCCGUACCUCAAAUAA